AUGAUGGAAAAGCAACCGUCAAACAACAGUGUCCUUGAUCAGUUUAUUAAUAGCCAGGAGCAGACAUAUGAAGAAUUUCUCAGCACGUUCACUUAUCUUUGGAAAGAAGAGGUGAAAAUGAAAAGCCGAGUAUCUGAAAUGGAUUCCAUAGAAAAUACAUUUUCAAUGCUUGAGUUGUCAAACAGAAAUAAACAGAAUGUCUCUCCUGUAAGAAACAAAGAGCCAUCAGUGUCUCUCUCAUCACAGACUGUGGAUGAAGACCAGAUAAUGAUGGGUGAAGGCUGGAAAGUUGGCUGCUCUAACCAAGAUGACCUCAGUCUGGCAAGAAGAGUGAAGGUGGACAAUUACUUGGAGUUGGAAGAUUUUGACACAGAUGAUGAAUUCGGUCAAGGGAUAUAUAGUGCAGGGUCAUUAGUGCUUCCAGGAGAGGUGGAACAGACAGCGACUUGCUAUACACCUUCCUUUGAUCAGCCUACUAAUCUGGAGUUCGGGACCUUGUCAAUUACACAACCAUCAAUCAGCAAAACACAAGAGCUCUGUGGGGAUGAAGUUCAGCUGUUCUCCCUUGAUGAAGAAUUUGACUAUGACAGUGUGGCAUUGACCCCCAGGUUCUCUGAGGCUGAGAUGAAGGCCAUUAUAAACUUGUCUGAACAGAAAAAAGUAAGGAUCGGCCUUAAGUCACCAGGAUCUGAAGACUGA